AUGGUUAAUCAAACACUAAAUCUUCUUACUUUUGCAACGACAGAUGAAGUGACUACAUGCGAAUGUUCAUCAUGUGAUAUUAAAAUGCAAAAAGAACAUCGGCUACAUGAGAUCAAGUGUUCGCGAUCCAACAAUCAAUUUGAAGAUGAUCAGUUAUUACAAACGUACGAAAUGGUAAAUGAUUGUAUAGUUGAAAAACAAUGUGGUGCUCCUGAACUUCAAAAGUUGACUCGUUGCGUAUCGGCAGAUUUGGGAUGUUGCAAAGAAUCACCAGAAGGUGAAUUACAUAAGCGUUGCUCCAGUGAAUUACAUCAAAAAUGUAUUACUGGAAGUAUUCACCAUUAUACUACGAUGAGACCUUUGGAUAAUGAUUCAGAUACAGAAAUGGCUCUUAAAUCUACUGCUAUAUCAUCGACAGACAUCAGAUAUUUGUGUGAAGAACACAACAGAUUGUAUGAAACGCUAACAACUCUUACAAGUGGAAUGGAGACGCUCAUGUGCGAUAAGACAUGGGUGACUACAGAACUAUUUAAUUUAAAAUCUUUAGUUGAUUCUUAUCAUCAAGAACAGCUGAAAUUAAAGCAAUCGGAACAAGAGCAAGAUGCAAUAAUCCGCGGAAUACAACUGAAUGAACAAAUAUUACAACAAAAUUUAACAGAUUUAACUCAAAAUGCGGAAAAUAUGCAAUCAACCUCAUAUGAUGGCACAUUUAUUUGGAAAAUUAAGAAAGUUGCACAGGCGAUGGUGUGUGCACAAUCAGAACAACAAUCGAGUAUUUAUUCGCCAUCAUUCUAUUCAUCUCAAACAGGUUAUAAAAUGUGUAUUCGUGCAUAUCUAAAUGGAGAUGGUAACGCUCGUGGAACACACCUGUCACUUUUCUUUGUUCUGAUGCGCGGUGAAUAUGAUGCCAUUCUAACAUGGCCAUUUCACUUCAAAGUUACUUUUUGUAUGCUUGAUCAGUCUGGAGAACAACGUCAUAUUAUAGAUUCCUUUCGUCCUGAUGUCAAAUCAAACUCAUUUCAAAUACCCAAAACACAAAUGAACAUUGCCUCUGGCAUCCCAAAAUUCUUUCCGCUGUCGAUAUUGCAACAAGACGGAAAUAACUACGUUAAAGACGACACACUCUUCAUUAAAUGCAUCGUAGAUUUCAACCUUCUACCGAAAAUGCUAUUGCCCUACUUUUUAAGCUUAAAUCCUGGACUACCAUCUAACGUUCAAAACGAAAUGAUCAAAAGUGAAACUAAACGACGACAGGAAAAUCAGCAGCAGACAUCUACGCACACAUAA